AUGGUUCCAUCUGCUGUCCCUUCAACCGGCCCCAGUGCUGGGCAGGAUUUGAGCCUCACUGCUCAGGCCAUCGAGCAUCGCAUGGAAGAAAUCGGUCGCGCUAAUGGAACUUCCAAUGGUGACCAUAAGCCUGCACCGAAGGAAUUGGACGCAUCCAAAUUGACUUACACCUUCACCAAGUCUCCGCGAGAGGUGCCGCCGCCCGGAGUCGACAGUGUGGAUGGCUCCACCAUCUGCACCGAUCACAUGAUCUCGGUCCCGUGGUCCCAGAAGAACGGCUGGUCAACGCCAGAACUGAAGCCCUACGGCCCCAUCUCGCUCAUGCCCACGGCCUCAGUGCUGCACUAUGCAACGGAGUGCUUCGAAGGUCUCAAGGCGUACCGCGGCUUCGACGGCAAGUUGCGCAUCUUCCGCCCAGAUUGCAACAGCGCCCGCAUGUUGCAAUCGUCGGUACGCAUUUCUCUGCCGUCCUUCCCGCCGGCCGAGCUCCAGAAGCUCAUUCUGGCCCUCAUCGCCGUCGAUGGGCCGAAAUGGCUGCCCCGUGAGCGACCGGGAACUUUCAUGUAUCUGCGCCCGACCAUGAUCGGCACGCAAUCGCAACUCGGCGUCACGGCGCCCAUGGAGGCACUCCUCUACAUCAUCCUCUCAUUCAUGCCCGUCUUGGACAGUCCCGCAGGCGGCAUGAAGUUGCACACCUCGCCCGACGAUAUGGUGCGGGCCUGGGUCGGCGGCUUCGGGUAUGCGAAGGUCGGAGCGAACUACGGUCCUUCACUCCUCGCGACGCAUGAAGCCAAGUCCCGCGGCUAUCAGCAGGUUAUAUGGCUGUACGGAAAGGAGGGUUACUGUACCGAAGCAGGCGCAAGUAACUUCUUCGUGGUUAUGAAGACCAAGGAGGGAAAGACACAAAUUGUCACGGCGCCGCUGGACGACAGACUGAUCCUGGACGGUGUGACGAGGCGGAGCACGCUACAGCUUGUCAGAGAGCGCUGCAGGGAUGAGGUCGAGGUUGUGGAGAGAAGUUAUACGAUUGAUGAGGUGAUGGAGGCGGAUUCGGAGGGUCGUUUGGUGGAGGCGUUCGCUGCUGGUACUGCAUUCUUUAUUUGCCCCGUGUCGCUGAUCCACCACCGUGGCCGCGAUGUAGCGAUCCCCAUGGGCAAGGCCGGCGCAGGUGGCCACUACACCCAACUGAUCAAGGGCUGGCUCCGGGACAUCAUGUAUGGCCGUGUAGAGCACCCGUGGGGUGUCGUUGUCCAGGAGCAGCAAUGA